AUGUCGCCGCUCCACGUGCUUCUGGCGCCGGAAUUGAUUGACUUGAAAAUGAUGAGGUGCAAGAGGGUGGUGAAUGAGGUGCUGAACACUAUAGAUUAUGUUGCAACCGAUGAUCGAGUUGUUUUUAGGACCUGCGAAAAAGAACGGAAUCAUGUCGUAUUUCAGAUGGGCACGGCCGAUGCUCAGAGGGCUUUGGCAGUGGCACAACUUGUGGAAAAUGAUGUAGCUGGAAUUGAUGUCAACAUGGGCUGCCCUAAGGAAUAUUCUACCAAGGGUGGUAUGGGAGUAGCACUCUUGUCAGACCCUGAUAAAGUUGAAACUAUCCUCUCUACCCUUGUCAGUGGAGUCUCCAAGCCAGUGACCUGCAAAAUCCGUAUCUUGCCAUCGCUGGAAGAAACUAUAGACCUUGUGCAACGUAUUCAAAGAACAGGAGUUGCAGCUGUUGCAGUGCAUGGAAGGAGAAAAGAGGAAAGGCCACAGCAUCCUGUUCACCAUGAUGUAAUUAAAGCAAUCGCUGAAUCAGUUUCCAUUCCUGUAAUCGCAAAUGGAGGAUCUCAGGAUCAUAUCAGAGAAUUCAAUGAUCUUGAGAAAUUUCGUCAGACAACCAAUGCUUCCUCAGUGAUGGUGGCUCGAGCAGCAAUGUGGAAUCCUUCCAUCUUCAGGAAGGAAGGACUGUUACCAAUAGAGGACGUUUUAAAAGAAUAUAUCAAAUAUGCUAUUAGAUACGACAGUCACUGCUCAAACACCAAGUACUGUGUAUGUCAAAUGCUGAGAGAGCGGUUGGAAAGCCCACGAGGGAAAAGGUUACACGGUGCACAGUCAAAUUUGGAGAUCUGUGAGAUUUUUGAAAUGGCUGAAUAUUAUCAAGAAGUCAUCGACUGCCAGGACACAAAGCGGGCCAUGCUGAAGGAGGAAACUCAAGAGACAACAGAACAAACUGGAGAUAAUGGAUCUGAAGAUGUUGUGCAAAUGGCAAUCAGAUUUAACAAGCGUGACUAUCCACCUCAAAUCACACCCAAAAUGAUUUUAAUUGAAUGGUGUCGCAAACAGAAGCUUCCUCAGCCUGUGUACGAGACGGUACAAAGGCCUUCAGACAGAUUAUUUAAUUCAGUUGUGACUGUAGCAGAUAAAAAGUACACGUCUUCCUGUUGGGAUAAAACAAAGAAGGUGGUGGAACAGUCUACUGCCAUUGUCUGCUUGAGAUCUCUCGGAGUCCCUGAGGGGAAAUUAUGUGAUGGAGAAACCCCAUUGAAGCAUAAGCGAAAAAGAGAUGAUGAUAUUUGUAAUGGCACUGAAAGUCAUGUUAGCACCUCUGUGGACGCUAAUAAAAAAGCACUCCCUCCUUGAUGGUACCAGUGCUGCUGAUAUCCCAGAUAUAAUGAAAUAAGGAGUAAAAUGCAUGAACAGUUCACAAUGUGUUAUAGAUACUGUACAUUCAACCAUGUUAACCGAACCAGAACGCAACAGUUAUUAUUUGUGGCCCCUCUUUAUCACCUUGUUUCCUUAAACCCUGUAAAUACAACUUAAAGCAA